ACAACAGCAGCAGAAUAACAAAAACUGAAAAACUUUAAUACAUAAAUUCAGCCGAUAAUUUUAGUUUACUUUCAAUGUAAUUUUGCUUCGCAGUGCUCCUCUGUAGGAUACAAAUUGGUAGAAAUCAAGGAAUUGAUGUUCGAUAAGUGAUAAUCAACAAUGUUGGGUAAAUAUGUUGAGCCUCUGGAAAAUGACCGAAAUCGCAACCAACCGAUAUCGAUGGUGCCGCCGCCACUUUAUCCGGCCCCACCAGUGACUUCAAUGGCAAAUCGGCGUGCAAACGAAAAUCCAGUAGCUGCUGUCGUCAAUUCACAUACAGCCAUUCCUGGCAAAAGUGUUUCCACGGCACCGUCAUCAACCGUAGUGAGCACUACAUUAGAAUCCAGUGUUAAGCAACUUACCCCGCAAUACCAGUGCCAGCUAUGUCUCAAAUGUUUCGAAAAUGUGUCCAGUUUGUCGUUGCAUUUGAGUUCACACGAACAGGACUAUCGGAACGCACCGGGAUACAAUGGGCAAAUUACUCCAGCGCAUACCAUUAAAACGGAACCCCAAUCUUUCCAUCUAGUGGCACCUCCGAACUAUCCCAGCACCAUGUUACAGAGUUUUCAGAUUGUCGCUAGCUCCGGUCAAACGUGUCAGACUUGUCAGAAAGUUUUUAGUUCCAACGAGCAGUUUCAUGCACAUAUGAAAAUCCACGAAAACGAAUCCCGCUAUCGGGCGUGGUAUCAGUCUAAUGCGGCAGGUGCGACACAAGCACAACCAACGAAGGAACCGGAACCAGAGGAAAACGACGGAAAACCGAUUGACUGUAUUGUGUGCCAUAGUAAAUUCCAGACUGCCGCCCUUUUAGCCGUUCAUCUGCGCGAGCAUAGCACCCAAAAGCCGUAUGCGUGCACAAUUUGUGGAAAAGGUUUCAUUCAAUCCAAUAAUCUUUCCACACAUAUGAAAGUUCAUUCUGGACAAAAACCUUUCAAAUGCGAUAUUUGCAAUAAAAACUUCAGUCAAUCCAACAACUUAAAGACACACGUACGGACGCACACCAAUGAACGGCCAUACGCAUGUGCCAUCUGCGAGAAACGGUUUAAUCAGAAAAACAACCUGACCACUCAUAUGCGAACUCACUCACUUAUCUGUAAAGUCUGCCGGGUUCAGUUUCAGCACCCAAUGGAACUGUCCAAUCACGUACGGAUUUGCUACGCAGAUCUUAAGCCGAACAUAUGCACCGUCUGUAACAAAGUGUUUCUCAACAAUGACGAACUGACCGAACAUAUGAAGCUGCACAAUCAGGUUAAACCACACAAGUGUCAAAUCUGCUUGAAGACGUUUACCCAGUCCAACAAUCUGAAGACCCACAUGAAAACUCAUAUCUUCCAAGAUCCUUUCAAAUGCACGUUUUGCUCACGUUCCUUCCAAAACGAGGAGGAGUUCACGCGUCACUCACUGGUGCAUUCGUCGCCGAAACCGUUUAAUUGCCCCUACUGUGGGAAACAAUUCAUACAGUCGAACAAUCUGAAAACCCACGUGCGUACGCACACCGGCGAGAAACCGUACAAAUGCUACAUAUGCGAUCGAUUGUUUAAUCAAAAAAAUAAUCUUAACACGCACUUGCGUAUCCACCAAGGACUCAAGCCCUAUCAGUGUACAGUUUGCGAAAAACGAUUCAAUCAAAGCAACAACUUGAAUAAGCACAUUUAUAAGGUUCACUGUCACGAGAAGAUGGGACAGCACAUCGGUCCGGCUCCAUCCGCUACGGCCACCGCAGUUGCAGCAGGAGCAACAGACGUCCCACUGGAUGGUGUUGGAGCGACCAGCUGAGUGCGAUAGUUGCCCCUUGUCCACAGCUGGAAUCUCGUAGAUAAGCUGAUGUGUAAAUGAUACGAUAUAGUAAUAAUGAUAAAUAAAGGUCUUAGUCUAUGUAUAUGUUACCGGUAUAACAUAAAAAUA